CUUACGUGACGUCACAAUGGGGUUGUGGUGAUGCUGCUUUUCCAGGGUGUCAUGGUGUUGACUGCAGGGGACGCGUUCCGCUCAGGGUCCCAGUCUGGGUUCUGUAGGCUGAGAUCAUCUGAUGGAUCGGCUAUAAGUGGACACUGAAUAAGUACACGAUUGGAGUGACAUAAUGGAAGUGGACAGAAGUCAUAUGACUGGGAAAAUCUUAAGCCUUACCCUGAAGAUCAUCUACUUAUUGACUGGAGAGGACUAUGUACCAAUAAAGAGAUCUGAAGAGGACAAUAUUACAGCUUCUUUACCUCCCUCACAUGAAAGAAAGAAUGAAGAGAAGAUCCUAGAUCUCACCACCAAGAUCAUUGAGCUGCUGACUGGAGAGGACUGUGACUGUGACGAGGGGACAUCCUCUGCGUCUGGAGGAAAGAAGGAUGAAUAUGGAAAAGAUGAACCGAUGACCAGUACUGAAGAAGACAACAUACAUGUAUGGGCUACACUGAAGUGCAAGGAGGAAGAAAUCCCUAUGGCUAUAUGUGCAGAUCAAUCCAAUCAAACAGACUCACGAGACAAGAAUAUCUCUCAGGGAGAUGAAGCUCAAUGUAAAGAGGAGGAAAUCCCUACAGAUAUAACUUCAGGCAAAUCAAAUCUCGGUCAUUUGCACCAAAGCAGUCAAGGACCAGUAGAUGUGACACAAAAUAUGGUGGAUCUCCUAGUAGGAUGCAGGGAGGAUUCCUCUGAGACAAAGAAUGCCCGCUUGAAUAUCGUGGUAAUUGAUGCUGGUGAAGGCAAACUACAGUUUAAGGAAGAGGAGGAGGAAAUUCCUAUAGGUCCUAGAUCAGAUUGUUCUGAGAACAAAUUACAAAAAGCUCCUAGGCCUCUUAAUUCAAAGGAGUGCAUAGAGACGGAAGAUGAGGAGAGUGAUGACACGGACACGGAGACGGAGGAAGAUGAGGACAACAGUGUUAGUGGUCUGAAGAUUAUUGUUAAGUCAGAAGAAAUGGUGACCCACGUCAAAAUUAAAGAAGAGGUUGCUUCAGCCAUCAUCCCAGAUGGUACGAAAGCCUGCCUCGAACAUCAGACAAGCAAACAAGUUACGGCAGCGUCCACAGCAGACAAGAAAAUCUUCCCCUUCAACCGCAAAUUGGUGACUGCAGAAAAGCCGUUUUUUUGCGCCGACUGUGGGGGUUUCUUCAAGCACAAGUCCAGUCUGGUCCUGCACCGUAGAAUCCACUCUGGUGAAAAACCAUUUACAUGUUCACAUUGUGGGAAAGAAUUUAUACAGAAGGCGAAUUAUAUUCGACACCAGAGACUUCACACAGGCGAGAAGCCAUAUAAAUGUACUGAGUGCGGGAAGCUGUAUGCACAGAAACAAAGCCUCAUUUUGCAUCAAAAGUUUCAUGCUGAAAAUGAACCUUUCUCAUGCCCUGAAUGUGGGGAAAACUUUAUUCGUCAAUCUCAUCUGGUCAAUCAUAGGAAAACACACAAAGGUUUGAAGCGUUAUUCGUGCCCAGACUGCGGAGAUUUCUUCAUGUUGAGGUCCAGCCUGGUCAUUCAUCAGAGGGUUCACAGUGCUGAAAAGCCGCUUACUAGCUCAAUUGAUUAAAAGAUUAGAAUAUCUCCAGACAUGUGAAAAACAUACUGUUUGCUGCACUAUAUACUGUAUAUUAAAGGAGCUUGCCUUGUAAGAUGCGCCAUUCCCAUUAAACAGAGCACAAAAGAAGUGAUUGGGGGCCUUCUAGACUUAACACCCUUCGUGGCAAGACUCAAGUAUUUUCUUUUUGAUACGUUGAGUCGUGAUAUGGGGACAUAUGAGAUCUUAUAGAGCUGAAGUGUGGAUGUGGGGUCCUCUGAUGGCUUGGCCCCAUCUGACACUUCAGUUGUGCUCCUCAGUUUGUAACUUUUGCCUGGCUUUUGUGCGCCAACUGGUUCAUCAUCUUGGGAAAUCUUGGUUGCUGGGGUUUUCCAACCAAUAACCCACAUGCCUAGGAAAGUUUGCCAUCCAGACAAUGCUAAAACAAAAGAGGUCUGGUACUCUCCCAAAUUGCGUCUCAGGAGAAAUACCAGCCAAGGACUCCUGGGACCCCCGCCGAUCAGCUGUUUGAAAGGGCUGCAGCCUGUUCACAGUACAUCAAGCACAUCACCAUAUAUUGUAUAGCAGCUGUACUUGGUAUUGCAGUCCUGGCUCAUCCACUUGAAUGGGACUGAGCUGCACAUAGGCCAUGUAACCAAUGAACAUGAUGUUUCUGGCCUAGGGAGAAUUUGUGGCGCUCACUGGAGUGCCACAUCCUCUUCAAACAGCAGGUCAGUGGGGGUGCCAGAAGUUAGACUUCCACUAAUCAGAAAUGAUUGACCUAUCCUGAGGAUAGGUGAAUAUUUUACUCUCGAAAACCCCUUUAAUAAAAAUUACAUCAGUGUUCAUGUGAAUCAUUAGCUACGAUUGACAUAAUUAUUUAUUGUAUUCCAGUUGAAGAGCAGGACAAUGGGGCUUGUUAAAGGCCAUCUGUCAGCAGUUUUGUACCUAUGAAACUGGCUGACCUGUUACAUGUGCACUUGGCAGCUGAAGGCAUCUGUGUUGGUCCCGCGUUCAUAUGUGCCCGCAUUACUGAG